CUCAAUUUAUUUAUUUUCAAUCCGCCGCCGUUAGGACCGUUCCCGUUCCCGGCAGCACCGGGGAGGGGGGCGGCCGCCCCCGGGCAAGCACCGCGGCCGCCGCCGCCGCUUUUUCCGCCCGGUUUUGCUCCGUUGUGGCGACAGCGGCGGGACGGAGCCCCCCGAGGCCGGGGAGACCCCCGGGACACCCAGCUGGAAACCGGGAGCCGCCCCGCUCGGUGCCCGGCGCCCGGGAGCGGCUGUGCCGGCUCAGGGAAUUUCGGGGCUGCCUCGUGCCCCAUCCCGGGGCGGCAGCGGGGUAUCCCCGGUGGCAGCGGGGACUCUCCCGGUAGCGCGGGGAAGCGGCACCGGAGCCCCCGGCCCGCCGGAGCCGGGACAUUCCUUUAUUCGCUGCCACCUCUGCCCCGGGCUGGGCGGGGGUCCCCAGGGUGAGCCCCCCGGGAAUAACGGGGAAGCGGAGCCGCCGCCGCUGUCGGAGCCGGGCAGCGGCCGCCGAGGGGCUCUUUGUUUACCAAUCGGUGUCACGGAACGGCAGGGCAGGAAAUUGCGUCUCUACCGGGCCGGUAAUUCAAAACGGGCUCUUUCCUGGCCCCCCGCUCGCCCCCAGCCGCUCCCCGGGGCCGCGGGGGCUCGGCCGCCCGCUCCCCGCUGCCGGCUCGGCGGCGGCCGCGGGGGAUGCGCGGCGGAGCGCGGCGGCGGGGGAGGGCCGGGCCGGAGGAAUAAGGACCCGGCUUCUCCGCCGGUCCCACCCCCGGCCGCUUCCUCCGCAGCUCCCUCCCCUCGGCCUCCCUUUCCCCUCCCGCCCGCCCCCCCCCCCCCAAUCCCUCCCCACCACCCCCCUAAAAUCAUCGCCCCAAAUCUCCCGGGGUUGAUUUCCCCCGCACGCGAAUCCCGAGCGCGGCCACCGCCGGCGGCUCUCCCGCUCCCGCCGGUACCGGCACCGCCACCGGGACCCGCACCGGCACCGGCGCUCCAUGGAAGGGCAGCGGCUGCGGCCGGAGCGCCUCAAGUUUGCCCGGAGCGAGGGAUGAGCGAUGGAGGGGCCGAGCCCGGCGGGAGCCCCGUGCUGCUGGCCGAGCCCGCGGCCACCGGGCGGGCCCGGGAGAAGCUGCCGACCCGGGCGGAGCUGGAGAGCGCCCUGCGCGCCGGCGGCGGCGGCACCGGCGGCGGCACCGGCGGCGGCUUCAAGGACAUCCCGGGAACGUCGGCGGUCAGCCCCGGCUCCUCCAAGCAGUGCGCCCCGGACACCGAGAGCCCGUCGGGGACCGGCGAGGCGGAUUACUGCCGCCGCAUCCUGGUGCGAGAUGCCAAAGGGACGAUCCGUGAGAUCGUGCUGCCCAAGGGGCUGGACCUGGACCGGCCCAAGCGGACGCGGACGUCCUUCACGGCGGAGCAGCUCUACCGCCUGGAGCUGGAAUUCCAGCGCUGCCAGUACGUGGUGGGCCGGGAAAGGACGGAGUUAGCGCGGCAGCUCAACCUCUCCGAGACGCAGGUCAAGGUGUGGUUCCAGAACCGCCGCACGAAGCAGAAGAAAGACCAGAGCAGGGACUCUGAGAAACGCUCCUCCGGCACCUCCGAGUCCGUGGCCACCUGCAACAUCCUGCGGCUGCUGGAGCAGGGCCGCCUGCUGUCCGUGCCGGCGCCCCCGAGCCUGCUGUCCCCCCGUUCCAGCCCCGUUCCUGCCCCGGGGCUGGGCAGCAGCCCCCCGGCCCCGCCGCCCUUCGGCCUGCCCGUGCCGCCCCUCGCCGCUUCCUCCUCGUCCUCCUCAUCCUCCUCGCCGUCGCCGCGGCUGCCGGGGGGCCCGCUGUGUUUCGGGGGGCCGCUGCUGGGCAGCCUGCACGAUGUUCCCGGUUCUCACCCGCCCGGAGCGUCCGCGUUCGAGCCUUACACGCGGCUGGAGAGGAAGGACGGUUCUAUACCCAGCAAGAAGCCGAGCCCUUGAAAGAAACCCCACAAAAAAAAAAAAACCAAACCCCCCCCCCCACCAAAAAAAAAAACAAACCAGUGUCAAAAAGCGUCACCUCCCCCCCGCCACGCCACGCCCAGCUCGUCCCCUCCACCUGGGAAUUCCCGCUGGGAAUGCGCGCCCCCGGGAAUGGCAGCUCCGCCCUGGCCGGGGAGGCGCGGGGGUCACCGGGCCGGAGCUGGUGACGCCCCGAGGUGUCGCUGUCACCAAAGGCCCGCUCCAGGUGUCGGCGGGAGGGGACAGGAGCAGCGGGGGGUGGCGCUGGCCCGGGUGUCUCUUCCUGGGGGGACAAAAGGGACAGCGCGAGGUGGCGCCGGGCUCUGUCCCCGCCGUGCCUCAGUUUCCCCGCCUGCGCCGGGCUGAGGUCCCCGCGGUGACCGCAGGGUCCCGGCGCUGCUCCCGGGGGGUGUUUGUCCCCC